CUGUGAUCUUCGAAUGGCUGCAUCGUGCCAGGUUAAAGAAUAAGAGAAGAUGACGCGGAGGCAUCCUCCCCGCAGGCCAGGGUCGGUGCCGAGCGUUUAGGGAACCCACUGCGUGGUGGGCGCGCUCCCUUCCCCACGCGGGGCUCUCCCUGUGGCGCAAACGGCAGGAGAAAGACCCAGCAGAGCCACACUCGAAUCUGCAGGCUCCUGCUCUCUUGGCAGCAACCUCAGCGGGAGAGCUUUGGAACCAUCCAACCCUAAAUAGGUGGCCCGGAACCGGGCGACGGUCCUUGGUUACCAACGCACAGCCUUAUAUAUUGAUUUUUCUAGGGGGUGUAGCCUGUCUUCUCUGGAUUUGGGGGCAUAGCUUGCUUUCCCUUUUGAGCACGGUGGGGAAAGGAGAACGCAGCAGGGAGGGAGAGGGAGAGGGAGAGGGAGGAUUCCUACAAUAAGGACGGCGCAUCUUUUCAGAGCCUGCCCAAGCCCAGGCUUCCAUUUCAGCAAGGGGGACCUAAGCCUCUGCUGCGGUGUCGAAGAGAUGUAAGAAUUAGGGACCAAGGAAGCAUCCCCGAGGCGCAACGCUGCAUUUCAGAGCCCUGAGGUGCGCACCGAUAGCCGCGAGGGUUAGCGGUUCUGCGACCCAAAGAGUCUGGGGAGACCCAGCGAGCGGGUGCCUGACUUGUAGGAGACCAUGCAGCAUCCCUGUGGCUCGGAGCGGCGUCCCGCGGCGUCCCAGCCGCUGUGAACCGUUUGACCCGCGCCAACCUGCUCAAGCCCAGCACAGCCAGGCUCAGCCUCCCUCCGGCCGCUCCACUCCGCGGGAGGCCACCAGCAGCAAGCAGCGAGAGGGCGCCGCGAAGGCCUCCCCCCUCCGGCGGGGGACGCCUGGCUCAGCGUAGGGACACGCACUCCGACUGACUGGCACUGGCAGCAAGGGAUGUCGCCCUGGCCGAGGUGGCAUGGACCCGCCAUGGCGCGGCUCUGGGGCUUAUGUUUGCUGGUGGUGGGCUUCUGGAGGGCCUCUCUCGCCUGCCCCGUGUCCUGCAAAUGCAGUGCCUCUAGGAUUUGGUGUACGGAACCUUCUCCUGGCAUCGUGGCAUUUCCGAGGUUGGAACCUAACAGUGUCGACCCGGAGAACAUCACCGAAAUUUUCAUUGCAAAUCAGAAAAGGUUAGAAAUCAUCAAUGAAGAUGACGUGGAAGCUUACGUGGGGCUGAAAAACCUGACAAUUGUGGAUUCCGGAUUAAAAUUUGUGGCUUACAAGGCGUUUCUGAAGAACGGCAACCUGCGGCACGUUAAUUUCACACGAAACAAGCUGACGAGUUUGUCUAGGAAGCAUUUCCGCCACCUUGACUUGUCUGAGCUGAUCCUGGUGGGCAAUCCGUUCACGUGUUCCUGUGAGAUUAUGUGGAUCAAGACUCUUCAGGAGACUAAAUCCAGCCCCGACACUCAGGAUUUGUACUGCCUCAAUGAAAGCAGCAACAACACCCCCCUGGCAAACCUGCAGAUACCCAAUUGUGGUCUGCCAUCUGCACGGCUGGCUGCUCCGAACCUCACUGUGGAGGAAGGGAAGUCCGUGACGCUUUCCUGCAGCGUGGCCGGUGACCCACUCCCCACGAUGCACUGGGACGUUGGAAAUCUGGUUUCCAAGCACAUGAAUGAAACGAGCCACACUCAGGGCUCCUUAAGGAUAACGAACAUUUCAUCUGAUGACAGUGGGAAGCAAAUCUCUUGUGUGGCAGAAAACCUCGUGGGAGAAGAUCAGGAUUCCGUGAACCUCACUGUGCACUUUGCCCCAACCAUCACAUUUCUGGAAUCUCCGACCUCAGACCAUCACUGGUGUAUCCCAUUCACUGUGAGAGGCAACCCCAAGCCGGCGCUCCAGUGGUUCUACAACGGGGCGAUCCUGAACGAAUCCAAAUACAUCUGCACUAAGAUACAUGUCAGCAAUCACACAGAGUACCAUGGCUGCCUCCAGCUGGACAACCCCACCCAUAUGAACAAUGGGGACUACACCUUGAUGGCCAAGAACGCCUACGGAAAGGACGAGAGACAGAUUUCCGCCCACUUCAUGGGCCGGCCCGGAGUCGAUUAUGAGACAAAUCCAAAUUAUCCUGAAGACCUCUAUGAAGAUUGGACCGCGGCGACUGACAUCGGGGACACCACGAACAAGAGCAACGAAAUCCCUUCGACAGAUGUUGGUGACCAAAACAAUCGGGAACACCUCUCGGUCUAUGCUGUGGUGGUGAUUGCAUCUGUGGUGGGAUUCUGCCUCCUGGUGAUGCUGCUGCUGCUCAGGUUGGCGAGGCACUCCAAGUUUGGCAUGAAAGGCCCGGCUUCAGUCAUCAGCAAUGACGACGACUCUGCCAGCCCCCUCCACCACAUCUCCAACGGGAGUAACACUCCAUCCUCUUCAGAGGGCGGUCCCGAUGCUGUCAUUAUUGGAAUGACCAAGAUCCCUGUUAUUGAAAACCCCCAGUACUUUGGCAUUACUAACAGUCAGCUCAAGCCAGACACAUUUGUUCAGCAUAUCAAGAGACACAACAUUGUUCUGAAGAGGGAGCUUGGUGAAGGAGCCUUUGGGAAAGUUUUCCUAGCAGAGUGCUAUAACCUCUGUCCAGAGCAGGAUAAGAUCCUGGUGGCCGUGAAGACACUGAAGGAUGCCAGCGACAACGCUCGCAAGGACUUCCAUCGCGAGGCUGAGCUGCUGACCAACCUCCAGCAUGAGCACAUUGUCAAGUUCUACGGUGUCUGUGUGGAGGGCGACCCUCUCAUCAUGGUCUUUGAGUACAUGAAGCAUGGGGACCUCAACAAGUUCCUGAGGGCACAUGGACCUGAUGCAGUGCUGAUGGCAGAGGGCAACCCACCCUCUGAGCUGACUCAGUCCCAGAUGCUGCACAUCGCUCAGCAAAUAGCAGCGGGCAUGGUCUACCUGGCAUCCCAACACUUUGUGCACCGCGACCUGGCCACCCGGAACUGCCUGGUGGGAGAGAACCUGCUGGUGAAAAUUGGGGACUUCGGGAUGUCCCGGGACGUGUACAGCACCGACUAUUAUAGGGUCGGUGGCCACACCAUGCUGCCCAUCCGCUGGAUGCCCCCAGAGAGCAUCAUGUACAGGAAGUUCACCACCGAGAGUGACGUCUGGAGCCUGGGAGUUGUGUUGUGGGAGAUCUUCACCUAUGGCAAGCAACCCUGGUAUCAGCUAUCAAACAAUGAGGUGAUAGAGUGCAUCACCCAGGGCCGGGUCCUGCAGCGGCCGCGCACUUGCCCCCAGGAGGUGUACGAGCUGAUGCUGGGGUGCUGGCAGCGGGAGCCACACAUGAGAAAGAGCAUCAAAGGCAUCCACACCCUCCUUCAGAACUUGGCCAAGGCGUCUCCCGUCUACCUGGACAUCCUCGGCUAGGGCCCUUCUCCCCACACCGUCCCUCCCAACACAUUCCUCAGACUGGCCGACAGGAUGAACCUCUUAACUGCCGCUGAUGUAGUGACCUCGCUGUCCUGAGCUCUGACAGUAUUCACAGGACAAGGAGCGGCUUCAGGGGAGCAGCGUACACUUCUCCAUCCACCGACAGUAUUAACUCGCUUUUGGCAUUGUCUUUCUCUCUUCUCAUCUCCUUUGGUUUGUUUCUUUCUUCAGCCCUUUCUCCUUUUAUUUUUGGUCUUCCCCUGCUUCACGGUCCUCAGCCUCUCUCCUUGAUCAGUCUGGCUUCUGUGUUCCUGUUACCUGUACAUAGACAAAGGCCUUAACAAACGUAAUUUGUUAUAUCAGCAGACACUCCAGUUUGCCCACCACAACUAACAAUGCCUUGUUGUAUUCCUGCCUUUGAUGUGGAUGAAAAAAGGGAAAUCAAACAUCAGACUUAAACCGUCACUUCCGAUGUACAGACACGGGGCUUCUGUGGAUUCACUUCUAUUUAUUUAUUUGCUUAUUUAUUUAUUUAUUUAUUUAUACUCUUCUGAUUUUUUUCUGAUGGCUUUAGCCUGUGUAUGAGAAGGUAAAGUUGUGUACAAUUUGGGAAAACUUUAUCUGCGGGAAAUGAAAACCAGAGAGAGAAGCUUUGCCAUAAACCAUGGCAUGAGAGAACCGGAAACGAGCAAUGGGAUGAGCUGGGGUCAGUCCUGCUUAGGAAAAUCCAGAAACCACUGGCUUGGAGGAACGCAUCCGGCACAGUCCCCUGAGGACCUUUCUGAGGAGGAAAGACGAUGUUGAACUCUGCAUCACAGACAGAGUUUCCAGUCACAGACAGUGGCGCACAAUGGAAAGGAAAGAUGGCUUCCAUGGGACCCAGACAAACACAUCAUACAUUCAGACACUGUGGCCGGGCAUGGUGAUAGAGUUGAUGUGUUUCUCAAGUGUUAUCUACCAAACCUUUGUCAAGUUCAAUUGAAAAGAGGUAGAUUUCGUGCUCAGAUAUUAUUUCAGGGUCAGUUGGGAAAAUCUGAGUCCUUGAUAAUGACAGAAGACAUUCUCAUUUUGGAGGCAAGUUUCUCCUACCUUGAACUUUUUCGACAGCAAUUCCCUCCAGCCCCAACCCUCCACUCUCACCUGUCUUUCAGCUGUGCAAACAAAAUUGUGCAUGGUCUUUGUCAAUCAAUACCUAUGUGCAGAAACUACUGUUCCAGCUGUGGUAGGUCCUGUAGAUGCAUAAAAGGUCUAACUUAUGCAACUUAGGGAAUGUAACCAGAUCAAUAGCUGAAAGCACUCUACAGUUGGUGAUGGGUUUACUGAAUAGGUGCACUGAAGCCUGGAUAUCUUCAUCCACCUCAAACCUACUGGACCGUGGGGCAGACACAAUUCAUCCCUGAGGGAAGGGAACGCUCUCUUGGGAGACCACCUGAGUUUACAUUCAGUGUGCACAGGACCAAGUGCCUCACACUGGGCUGUUUGGGAGAGCAGUUUCAUUCCAAUGUACUCAUUGUCAGUGUGCUGUUUUGUUAACAACACUCCAUUAAAAAGAAGAAAUUAAAACUGACAUGGUGUAGCUACAGCGGGAGGCUGUGUCCAGCCGGGGCCCGGAGAUGCGCUCCUGGGCGCGGUCAUUGGUUUUACUAAAAGAGAGGGUAAAUUUACGUAGAAAUUUACAGUUCGAGUCAGUUAGACUGAGGGAGAACAGCACUUCCAUUUCUCUGUCCCCCUCUGUGAGGGGAAGUUUGAAACACUUGCCAUCUUUGUAACACGAGCCAGCUUGGAAGGGAAUGACUUAAUUCACCUCAGAGUAUUUUAUUUGGUAUUUACUUCUGAAGGUGCAAGAGCCCUGGGUAGGUUUCAUGUGUGCCCAUUAAUUUCUAGAGCACUGCGCUUUCUUGUAUACACUAUGAAAGCCGGUUCUCAAAAUAAGAUAAAAUAAGAUUUAAAAAGAAAAAGACGCCGUGUAAAUGAACAGAGAACAGAAGGUGAUCCAGUAGGGCCCACUCAAGUGAGGAGUUGCAUGAGGCAGAUGCUAUGGUCCUUUCUGCUGCACUGGCCCACGAGAGAUGGGAGUUACUUGUUCCUUUUGUCCAUUAAAACAACCCCCCUCCAGAAUACCUAUAAUAAAAUAACGAAAGCCAUAUCUCUGUGACAUCUAGUCAAGUAUAUAUCGUUAAAGGACCCACGGUACUGUCUAAACACUGUGGAGCUGCGAGGCGGCAGUAAAGCAAGGGCAGAUAAGUACAUGCUUUUCUAGAUUCCAUCAGCCAUGACCUAAGAACUGGCACAGGUCUGUCAAGUCCGAGUCUGACCGGUUGCGCUGGGAGAAAAAGCUGCAAGUUGCUUAGCAGAGAGCAAAAGAGAUGACGCUGUAAGAGGCCAAGGCUACAGAGGCUGUGUGGGUUUACGUCAAAGGUCUGUAAGGGAGAUGGGGGAGCAUUCCAUCCCAGCUUUGUAUUUUCCUCAGCAGGAAAAAAGGGAGAGAGAGAGAGAGUGAGAGAGAGAAAGAAAGAGAAAUUCCUUACACUUUUGACAAGUCCCUGAAGGUCUUAAAAUGAAAGUGUCUAUGCAAGUGCAAAAUUUUAUAGUUAUUUAUAUUGAUCAUUAUUAUUAUUAUAUUAUUCCCUCUGUUGUCUCAAGAAUAUGUGCCCAUUUUAGAGCAUUAAAGAGCAUUUGAUUCUUUUAAAGUAGUUGGAUGAGCCAAGGACAUCUUAAAAUAAUUGUCUUUAUUCACCUAAUAUCCCCCUUUUGUGUGGUAUUUUAAUUGUUAGAAAAGAAACAUUCUUGUUCUAAAAUGGAUCCCUCUCCAAACAGGAUGAAAAUGGUGGUAGCCACCCAAAAUCUCUAUCAUGAACCCAGUCUCACAUCCAUUCCAUUUCUUAACUGCUUGAUGGUUUCUGAGCACUUUUUGCAUGUGUUGGCGAAUUAUUCACACUUCUUUUGCGAGGGAGUGGAGACUCAGAAGCUCAGAGGGCAAAGCACGGGCUUCACCCACGUCGGCCCACUCAGACAUGCAAGCAAACAAACAAGACAUGCGGGAAAGAAGGCACGUUAGCAUGUCUGUGGGGCCAGCUGGGCACUAGAACAGAAGGAAACAUGCAGUGCAGCAGAUGAAAUGUUACAUCAAGUGCUUCUGGCGUCUGCUGAGUCCUGCGCCGAUGCUGCCAUCGGCCUCAUGUCGAGAACGCUCCCAACACUGCUACCAAGGGUAGCACUCAUGCGCACAUGCUCACAUCAGCUCCGCGUGGGGUGUUUUCAUGUACUUAUAUACAUAUAUAUAAUAUAUGUUAUAAACACUUGAUUUAUACAUAUACAAAUGCACAUAUGUAGUGUGUUUGUGUGUUUAUGUAUAAACAUAUAGGCACAUGGUAAUAGAAUAAUUAUAAGUAGGGUGCAAUAUGAAUAAUUUGCUUAAAAAUUGCUAAAUAACCAAAACUUUCCAGCGUUGUGUGGCAGUUCGCAUUUCCAUCCUCCAUGUGGGUAAGGGCUGCACCAGGCACUCUGUGCCAUCUUUGGGCGGAAGAUGUGCUGGAAGUCACAUGUUCCCCGAAACUGACUGAAAGCCAUCGUCUACUCGGAGUCUGUUCUCCGGCUCUCUGCAAAGGAAAGCUGCAGACUAAUUAAUGGUCUCCUUAUGUACAAGUCCUGGGGAGGAGAAUUUGAGUUUUUAUUUGCACAUUUGUGCUGUGCCCGCCUUUCCUGCUCUAAUCCCUUUACACUGGGCUCAGAGACUGAGCAUUUCUAGAUGCAAACUGUACUGUUGUUGGGAGACAAGUGUCUUGAAGGCUGAUGAGAAAACAUCCAAGAAUCCAUAGCAAGAUGGGCAGCUUGAAGUCGUCCUUCAUCCACAUGGCAAGCAAGAGCCAUGGUGUGGACUACUGUCCUUCCCAAGGACAGAGCAGUGGGGUCCCUGAUUAAGGGCAGAUUUGUCUUAAGCCUCUCCGUUGGCAAAUGGGACUGCCAGCAACACCUGGCAUUGUCAUGUCUGAUUGCUAAAAUGGCAGCACAGACACACGUACCCUCACUGCUCUGCUUCCCCGUUCCUUAUCCCCUAUUAGAGGGCUUCUAGUUCCAAACUUGACCUUCGGUUUGGCCCUGUAUCACUGAUAAAGGCAAUCUCAUGAGAGGAAUGGCUAAUGACCCAAAUCCCCAGAUGUCCAAGUUUGCAGUCAAAGCCAGUUCUUCACAAUGUAUAACUGGAAUGUAGAGAGAGACUCAGGUUGUGUUAGCUUGCACAUGAAUUUCAAAUGUUAUUGUAAAGAACUGGGGCAGGAGGGGUUUGUAGCUAAAACGGUAAUAGUGCAGGAAGGCAUAUUUUCUAGUUGUCAGGGCUGGAAUCAAUCGCUGCUGCUAAAGUCAACAUCUUGACUAUUCUUAGCUGCUGCAAUCUGCUCUUCUUUCUCCUUGACUUUAUUUAUUUGUGUAUUUAUUUUGGUCAAUUCAUCACAAACAUGAAGCAAAAAAAAUUUACAUAUAUGUAAACGUGUUGCAAGUGAAACACUGUGAAUCUCACAACCACCUCCAAGCAACUAUGCUGCCAUCUUGACGUGCGUCUCAGGAGAUAAGAUGGAAAAGAUGGGAACGUCAUUUUGCAGCCUAUGCGUUCUGGGCCAGGUCCAUGUUUAUUUUUUUUUUCUUUGGUCUGUGAGUUAAUAAAGUGAUCCUGAGUGGAGGUUGACAGAAUGGUCAACAUGUUAGGUGAAGUAUUAUAAGCUCCUCAUAACUAUAUGUUUGAACAGGAAGGAAAGACGUGGAAGAUGGAAGAACAAAAUGAUGUAGAGGGCUCUAUCUUACAGCUCAGAUAGCUAACUGUUGCUUAAAAUCUAUACAACAGCUGGAAAUAUUUUCAAUACAAGGUAUUUGAAUUAAAUGUGAAUUUUAAAUAUGUACUCCCUUAAGGAAUGAACAUAUUCUGGUGAAAUAUUUCUCCCCAAGUUCCUUACAGAUCUGCCUAGAGGUGUGGAUGCCUGCAUUUGCUUCAGCAUCCGACAGAUGUUUGUAUAUACCCGGGCCAUACACACACUCAUUUCAACGUCUCUCUGCAGAUGUGUUCCCCCCCCUCCAAUGGUGACCUGGUAUUUAGAACUCUAUCUUUUCAGUUGGUUUAUUUCCCUUUUAAUGUGACGUCUCUGUGCCGAUUCUUACCGGUUCUUACUUGUUUUUUGCAAUCUGUUUUGAGGUCCAGUGCUUUUUACUGAGACUCGCUGCAUCUUGGCUGAUUUCAAAGUGACACCUGAAUACAGUGUUUAAAAAAAAAAAAAGUUUGUUUGUAAAUCAUGUGACCAGCUUCUCUCAACCUGACAUGGAAUGUCUCUUGUACUACAGUGUAUUUAAUAAAAACGAUGUCUUACAAUAAAUAACAUCCUCCAUAAGA